AUGGCGCCCCGCGUGUGGCACAUCUCGGGCGCGAACAAGGGCCUCGGCCUCCAGCUCGCCCUCAAGGCCAUCAAGGAGGGCGACCGCGUCAUCGCAGCCGUUCGAUCGCCGGACAAGGUGCCGGACGAGCUGAAAAACGACAGCAUCAAGGUUCUUCAGUUUGACUUGUCGUGGUCGCAGGACGAGUUUAACUCGUAUGCGAAGAAGGCGUUUGACGUUUUCGGCUCCGUGGAUGUGUUGGUGAAUAAUGCCGGCUAUGCUUAUCUCGGUGCUAUUGAAGAAAGCGAAGACGAAGCGGUCAAGCAGCAGUUCGACGUCAACGUCUUCGCCAUGCUCCGCGUGAUCCGCGCCUUCCUCCCCGCCCUCCGCAAGCAAGGCAGCGGCACCAUCAUGAACCUCUCGUCCAUCGGGGGCGUCAGCUCGUUCCCGACCAACGGCAUCUACUGCGCGAGCAAGUUCGCCGUCGAGGCCAUCACGCAGGCGCUGGCGGGCGAGGUGGAGCCGUUUGGCCUGCAGUGCGUCGCCGUGGAGCCGGGCUACUUCCGCACCGAGUUCCUGGCCAACGCCAACACGUCGCAGUCGGCGAACCUGGCGCCCGCCAUCGACGCGUACGACGGCACGCCCGCGCACGAUGCGCGCAAGGCGCUGGACGACUACAACGGCAAGCAGCCGGGCAAUCCGGAGAAGGGAGUCGCGCGCAUGUGGGAGUAUGUGGCUGGCGAGGGCAUGUUUGCGGGGGCCGUAAGAAGUUGGUGA